GCGUAAAUAUUUACAUUUCUUGAGUGUUUGUGAGAAUAAUUUUUAUUUAUAAUAUCAUGAUAGACGGAAACAUUUCUAUGGAGGAGGAUACAGAAUUACGGGAUUUGGUGGUGCAAACCCUUGAAAACAAUGGUGUUCUUGCAAAAGUGCGGGCAGAACUCAGGGCAAGUGUGUUCUUAGCUUUAGAAGAACAAGAAUCUGUAAUGAAUCCGGAACCACUUCUAAAUAAAACUGUAAAGCAGUACCUGGCUAAUUCAGAAGGAAAAUUAUUGUUUUCCUUGGUUAGGGAGUUCCUAGAAUAUUUUGGUCUUGAUUAUACAAUAUCAGUAUAUGAUCCCGAAACUUACUUUGGGAAGGAAUAUAAUUAUGUUGGGAGAAAUAAAUUAUGCGAAGAAUUAGGUAUUGAAUCCAACGAACCAUUGCUUGGAGAAAUAUUAAAAAACAGUAUGAACAGUGCCUUUAAUAAUACACAAAAGAAUGAAAUUGACAGAAAUGUUAGUAAAACUGACGAACCAACAACAAAUGCUGCUAACACAACAUUUGAAAUUUCCAUCCCAAAAGUAUUAAAUAUUGAGACAACAUCGUUGUCGAAUGAUAAUGAUAUGUCAGAUAAAUUAGAAAGUUCCUCGCAACAGAGUCCAAAACUACCGAUAAAUGUGACGGUAACAGAUAGAAAAGAUAAGGACGCGUCUGUUCAUAUUUCAACGAAUGAAUUGAAUUGCGAAAAACAAAAUGAUCCUCUCAGGAAUAAUACGACUUCGGAUUACAAUAAAAAGAAUAAUGGAAUUGAUAGCAAGGGGAACAAUAGUAUGAAUUUUGAUACACUCCCUACAAGUCCAAAUGGCACAAGUAAAGUGAUGAACUAUACAACAAAAGAGACUGAGAUAGAUACACCCAUCCAAACAAAUUUACUAAAUAAAACCGAGCCUUUAAUUAAGUUUGACGAAUCUAUAGUUACAGAAAUGCAAACAAAUCAAAAUGAUAUAAGCGUGCAAAAUAAUAUAAAUAGUUUGGAAUUACAUAUAGCGAAUAAUGUACAAAACAAAAAGCCAGUUAGCGCUGGUAACAAUUAUGGGAAAACUGUAUACUUUGAUGAAAUUAUUGUUGACGGUAAAAGAGAGAAUAUUAAUGAUAUACGUAAUACUCAAACUUUUUUAGAAGAUUUACCACCUUUAGAUAAAAAAUCACAAUCUAUACUUAGUGAUCUCCCGCCGCUUAAUGGUAAAACAACUGAUAUCAAUGAUUUGAAGGAACUGAUGGAUAUUGGGCUUGGAACUGACGGAACAGAUAAUUACGAGGAAGAUUUUGUAUCAUCAGCAUCUGGUAGUGCUUAUGAUCAAAGUCCUACCAAGGAUCCUACAAAAAUGGAUAGUCCAAUAAAGCUAGAAACUAAAAAGCACGAAAAAGUUUCCAGUGCUCAUAGCGAGGAUAUAAGCGAAGAAAUUGAAGAUAUGGACGAUAUACUUAGCAGUACAUCAUGUCUUGAAGAUAUAAAUAUGGAUAAAAAUAUAUCAAAUUUUGCGACGGGUAUUACAGCAAAUUAUGCGAAGGAAUUAUAAUUACGAAUUCUAUUACUGAAUUGCUUUAAAAUAUUUGAAAAUGUUAUUUCGUUCAUAACAUUGAUGAUAGUUGAUAUCCUAUGUCAGGGCGUCAAGUAUAUUAAUGCAAAUUUCUAUGGAUUUAUGAAUUUGCGAACUUAUUUUGGUUUCUGAAGUGACACUGCCAUUUAUGGCUCAAUAUUUAUAAGUUCUCCCACAAAAAACGUAGAAGGAAAAUGUCUGAUAUUAAAUGCACGUUUUAUAAAGAUUUAGUACUUUGCACGAAUUUCUUGUAAGACAAACCGUAUUUUUAUAAAUCAUUAAUUUUAAUUUUAGCGGUAUUUAAAUAAGUAUUCUAUGGAAUUUAUAUUGAUCACACCAUAAGGAAAGAAAUCAAAUAUUAGAGGAACUAAACUGAAACUGCCAUCGCUCUCUGUUAUCACUAUUACUGUAAUAAAGUGUUAAAUUAUAUUUUUUCUAAUUGAUGAUGUUAAAAGUAAGGAUUAAAUAAAAGUUCCAACAAGUGUCUAUACGAAAUACAAAUUGUACACAUAAUGUUACUACAAUUUUUUAAUGUAGUAGAUAGCAGCCAAUUAGAAGUUCUUAAAUUACAUUGAUAUGAGAAAUGACAGAAUAUAUUUAAGGAAGAAUACC